AUGCAUAUGUUUAUUACUGUAGAACAACAGUGCAUGUUCCCAGGCCAGCUCGGCUGUGUGUCCAUGUCUCAGAAUGAUACGAGUUUGCCAAAGAUAUUGCCUUGUGGUAGCUGGUUUCUCGAGUGGCAGCAGUUUAUUGUUGGCAGCCGGCAAGAGAAGUUGCUAAUGUUGCUAUGUCCAUGGGCUAAAGGGAACCAGCGCAAAUUGAGGGUGCUGUCCACUACGGGGAAGUUAUUGAGCUUGCGACAUGUGCCGUGGCACUGCCGGCUAUCGCGUGUGGUGCUGCUUGCACCGCUUAUUCCUGAAGACCUGAACGCCGCCGAAUUUGUCAAAUUCUCAGGCUUUUUCCAGUGGCUGUUGCCUCAACACAUUGGGCUCAUGGCCCAGGGCUUUCAACGGGGGACAGGGAGCAAGGGCGAGGUGAUGGCAUUUGAACAGCCAUCGCAACAGCUCAUGGAUGGCUUGGGUCCUGGCGUCUCUGUGUUUUUGUCCGAUGUAGAGACUGACUCAUGGCAGAAGGAGACACUGUCGAGCGUUGUGAACAGGGCUGACCGGCUGCUGAUCACAAGGGGUGGCGAUGGGGCUACAGAAUACAGUAAUGGGGCUGUGAAGCAUAUACCAGUGCAGAAGGUUGAAGUGCUUGAAGACACGAAUGGAGCGGGUGACACUUUCGCCACUGCUUACAUGCUGGCGCUGGCCAGGAGAGAUGCGAGCCCAGGGGCUGAGGCUGCACGAGCGGCUGCCAGGACCGUCAUGCGACCACAGGUCUGCAAGCCUUGGUGCAUCGGAGAAGACAUGGACCUCCCCCUAUCGCCACCAAAGAAGGACGGAGGCGCCAAUAGGGGCACCAUCGCAUCCCUCCUCCGGGGCAUGUCCUCAACAGUCUUUCUCAAGACGGGCGCGGUGCGCGACUUCCUCAGGGCGCAGGCACGGAACAGAGACUGCAUGGCCUGA